AUGCACCAUGCUAGGGUCCCUGUGACCCUCCUCACUCUCUCUCCUCCAUUCCUGACCACGGCUGCUCGUCACGCCAAUCUUCUGCUCUUCACCUCCGUGCUGGCCCUGCUAGCCCCUCUUCUUGCUCUGGACAUUGAAAACCUGGAAAGAUUGAAAACAAAUUUAGAUGAAAUCAUUAAUCUCCAUUCAGAUGAGCCCCAUCCUGAUGGAGACGGAGAGAACAUGCAGCGGAGCAGAGCCAGUGACCCUCGGUACCACGGUUGGCCCAAGGACUGCAGCGAGGUCUCUGCUGGCAGCCCCAGCGGCGUCUACGUCAUCCAGCCCACAGGACUGCACCCCAUCGUGGUGUACUGCGAAAUGAACGUGACGGACGGGGGCUGGACGGUCAUCCAGAGGAACCGGCAGAGCACGGAGAUCACCUGGGCCGAGUCCUGGAGCACCUACAAGUACGGCUUUGGGAACGUGCACACCGAGUACUGGCUGGGCACCGAGUACAUCCAUCAGAUCUCCAAGCAGAAGGUCUACCAGGUCAGGUUUGUCAUCUGGGAUGCCGCAAACAACAUCAACUUCGCAGACUACAACCUCUUCAGCCUGGAAGAUGAGUCCCAUGGCUACCGGCUGAGGCUGGGCUCCUACACAGGUACAGCGGAGGAUGCCAUGGAAGAUGGGCCCCAUGGCUACCGGCUGAGGCUGGGAACGUACUCAGGGUUGGCAGGGGAUGCCAUGGCCACAAACAGUGCUGCCACCGUGCACGACAACAUGAAGUUCUCCGCCAAAGAUCUGGAUCAGGACACUUACAGCGGGAACUGUGCCUCCAGCUAUGGGGGCGGGUGGUGGUACUCGGCGUGUUAUUCUGUACGGCUGAACGUCAAGGGGGGCAUAACGUGGGGCAGCCUGUGCAACGGGAACUGCAAAGCUUCUGCCAUCCUCAUCAAACCAGCUCCCUACUGCUAG